CAAAGAAAAAGAAGCAUAAGAGUAGGUCCCGUUCGCCACUCGAAGGUGAAGAACGUGAACGAAAAAGGCAUAGGAAACAUAAAGAUCGCAAGCGAGAGCGCUCCCCUGACGACCCGGUGGCACUGGAGCUCGGCCACCGCGUCCCUCGCUCCGUCAUUAAGAGUUCAAGAAGUGCCUGUUGACUCGCAUCAGCUGAAGGAUGACGAGACUAAUCAUUCUCGAGGAGACAGUGAAGAUCGGGAUCGCCGCAUGCGCGCCUUGCAUCGGCCAGAGAAAAAUGAAUCUGAAGGGGACAAGAGUGUUGAGUAUGAACGUGAGAAAACAAAGUCUCCAGUACAAACACAGAGUGGUGGAGCACAAGAGAGCUUGUCCAUUGAAGAGACCAAUCGUCUACGAGCUAAACUUGGACUUAAACCACUUGAAGUCAAUGAGAAACCUGCUGAUGAUGGUAAAUUCAAAGAUGACCUUGGCGAGUUCUACCAUAAGCCGGCUACUAAUAUCACUGAACAGAAGAAAACAGAAAAACUCAAAGAGAAAAUAAAAGAGCGGAAGGAGAAGAGGAAUAUUGAAGAGAAAUUACAGACUACCCUACUCGGUGAAGGGUCUGACGACGAUGACGCGUCAGCCUGGGUGAAGCGCUCCAGAGCAAUAGAGACGCAGAAGAAAGAAGCUGCAAAAAGGGCGGCCAUGCUGGACGAGAUGGACGCGGCGUUCGGCGUGUCCGCCCUGCUGCCCCCCCGCGCGCCCCCCGCGCCCGCCCCCUACCGCGCGCCCAGCCUGCGGGGGCUGCGGGUCGCGCACCAGCUCGAUGCGUUGGAAGAUGAACGUGAAACCAUUCUAACGUUGGCUGAUAAAGAAAUAUUAGCUGAAGACCCAGAGGAUGUGCUCAUCAAUGUCAAUAUUGUUGACAACGAGCGAUACAAGAAGAACGUGGAAGAACGCAAGAAGGCGCGCGCCGGCUACCAGGCUUACGACGAGGAGGCCGAGCUGCAGGCCUCCCUCGGCUUCCGACGCUCCGUCCUCUCCAAGUACGACGAGCAGAUCCAGCCCGACCAACUCGACAAGGACAAGGGCUUCGUCAUAGGGGACGAAGCCUCUCUCGACGCUCACAGGCGCAGAGAGCUCUUGCUCGCGCAAGGCCCCGCCUCUCGUCGCAUGGAGUCGCUUGCGCUGCCGCAGCCGCAGCUCGCAGCCGACUACAUGGACCAGCACGAGAUCCAAGCCAAGUUCAAGAAGACUAAGAGAAAGGGCAAGAUGCGGACCAAGCCCAAGGACGAGCCCAUCGACGCGGACACCUACGACGCCGCCGCCGCGCCACUCGACACCGACGACACAGACGUGCGGGCGGGGGCCGCGGCGCUGGUGGUGGACGAGGAGGAGACGGAGCCCGACACCGAGCUGCACGCCGCGCUGGCCAGGGCGCGCCGCCUCAGGCUCAAGGAGGUGCAAGAUGCCGCUGUGCCUAAGGUGGAAGAACUCCUGGAGCGCGUGAAGGAGGAGCAGGUGGAGGCGGGGCCGGAGGGUAUGCUGUUCGACGCCACCGCAGAGUUCUGCCGGACCCUCGGGGAAGCCCCGGCGUACUUCGCCAAACAGAACCCGCACUCGCCGGAACACAACCCGGACAUGGACGUGGAGGAAGCGGCCUCCGGGGCCUGGAGCAGGGUGGACGUUGACAGCGAGAAGCCGGCCGACCUUAAAGCGGGGUCUGGCGCGGGCGCGCUGGCGGGCGAGCCGGCGCUGGGCGCGGGCGUGGCGGGCGCGCUGCGGCUGGCGCUGAGCAAGGGCUACCUGCAGCGCGCGGGGGCCGCGCCGGCGCCGCCCGCCGCGCACUCGCUGGCCGCGCGACACUACUCCAUCGAGGACAAGACCUACACGGACGACGACAAGCACGGGCGGCGGGAGCGCGGCUACUCGGGGCCGCUCACCGACUUCAGGGAGAAGAGCAACUUCCGCCCGACCGUGAAGUUGGACUACGUGGACGACGACGGGCGUCCCCUCGCGCCCAAGGAGGCCUUCCGCUACCUGUCGCACAAGUUCCACGGGAAGGGCCCCGGCAAGAACAAGCAGGAGAAGCGCAUCAAGAAGGCGGUGCAAGAGGGGCUAAUGAAGAAGAUGAGCUCGACGGACACUCCGCUGGGCACGCUGCAGAUGCUGCAGGACAAGCAGCGGGAGACGCGCUCGCCCUACGUGCUGCUCAGCGGCGCCAAGCGUGACGCGCCACACUAGCACCACCCACAUACUUGUUGCGAUGACGAUCUAAUGUCACAUUCAGUUUGAUACCGACUUACAAAUUGUAAUAUCAAUUCAUAAUUAAAUCAAAUAAAAAUAUAAUGUGCUCCUGUUUCUUUGAUCCUAAGAUUGCGCAAUUAGCUAUAACAAGUGUCCCGGGCAGGGGACGGGGGGAGGCGGAGCCGGGGAUCCCCCUGCCUCCGCCCGAUAACUGCAAAGAGAAGUGAAUUGUACAAUUACAUUCAAAUAAAUUGAUAAAUGUAGUGGA